AUGAGAACCUAACAUCGCUAGACCUAAGUGGAAACGACCUCAAGGAUUUUGGAGUGCAAAUGCUGUAUGAGGCACUGAUUCAGCCGAUGUGGGUUGGGAUCAGCUAUAACAUAAUCAAUGAAGCAGGCUGGAUGGAGACUGACAAAUUGGAGAGCAAAAGCCCGCUGUUUAACAAGGACAACUCCUGCUCAGAUGCUGUCAAGCUUGACCUCUCCCAGUUGGAAGGAAUUGGAAGAUCUAGGACCUCUUUGGGUUGAACAGCUCCUUGUUGGGAAAUGGCUGCCAGUCAUCCUCCUUGCUGAUAAAGCUGUCGUUCAUCAAAGCCUCAGGAGAUGGAAAAGAGAAGAUGGGCUGAAGAGAAGUUCUCGGUAGGAUCUGGUACUUCUGGAAUGGCAGAGUGAGCAAAGUCAAGUUAAUAUGGUGCAGGUGACCAUCCCAAACAGUGUUGUGAAUGUGACUGUUGGAUCCGAUGUUACACUUGUCUGCACCUACACCAGCACUGUGGCCUCCCGGGACAAGCUCUCGAUCCAGUGGUCAUUCUUUCACAAGAAGGACUUACCGCCAGCUUCUAUUUACUAUUCUGAAGGUGGACAAGCUGUAGCCAUCGGGCAAUUUAAAGAUCGAAUUGUAGGGUCCAACGAUCCAGAUAACGCAUCUAUCACCAUUUUGCAUAUGCAACCAGCAGAUAGUGGUGUCUACAUCUGUGAUGUUAACAACCCCCCUGACUUUGUCGGAAAAAAUCAAGGCAUCCUCCAAGUCAAUGUGUUAGUCAAACCGUCUAAGCCCUUUUGCAGCAUCCAAGGAGUCCCAGAAACUGGCCAUCCGAUAUCUCUUUCCUGCCUCUCUCUGCUUGGGACACCUUCCCCUGUGUACUACUGGUAUAGACUCGAAGGUGGAGACAUCAUCCCAGUGAAAGAAAACUUCAACCCAGCCACUGGGACUUUGGUUAUUGGAAAUCUGACCAGUUUUGAACAAGGUUAUUACCAGUGCACGGCUAGCAACAACCUUGGCAACAGUUCCUGCGAAAUUGAUCUAACUUCUUCCCAUCCAGAAGUUGGAAUCAUUGUUGGGGCGCUGGUGGGUACCCUAGUGGGUGCUGCCAUUAUCAUCUCUGUUGUGUGCUUCGCAAGGAGCAAGGCAAAGGCCAAGGCAAAGGGGAAGGAGAGGAAGAGAAAUUCAAAAACCAGCACAGAACUCGAACCAAUGACAAAGAUAAGCCAGAGUACAGAGCUCGAGGCAAUGCCAGCCGAACACGUUCUCCAACUAGAAGCCACUCUGCCACCUUCUGGCCAAGAGAAUGACCCCGAUACCGUCCUGGGGCCAGAUCACGAGCCUACCCCCGAGCCCGCCCCACAGCCUGUCCCGGUGCCUGAGCUCGAGCUGGAGCUGGAGCCCGAGCCCAAGCCCGAGCUGGAGUCUGAGCCCGAGCCCGGGAUUGUAAUGGAGCCCUUGUGUGACAGGGAAAAGGGAGUGAAUAGGCCAUAGGCUGCUAGCCUAAGUACAGCGUUCAUCAGUAAGGAACCCAUUACUGGCAUUUGGAGUUGCCCUAAUCAAUCUCCCACCACGUCCCUCUCUUCUGACCUGCCCUCUUCUAACAAGGUGCUCCUGCCUCGAUCCAAAAUAAACAGGUCAAGAUAAAUGCACGGGUUCCUACGUCCUUACACUAACACGCAAGCAUGACUAAUGACAAAGCAAGUGAUUCCUAAUUCGGUUGAAAGCGUUUUACAGCAAUAUCUCCAUUGUACUUUGGAAAAUCUUAUUUCUCUGUUUUCAGCUACUCUGUUACAUUCCGCAUGCACACAUGACAAGGUGGCAUUAAUUGGAUUCAAUGUUACUCCUAAGAUCAGUUGGUCAGGGCUUCCCUAAUUCAUUUUCACAUUGGCCAUGAAGACAAGAAUUUGCCAGCAUUCUCUCAGAGAUUGGGGGG